AUGUGUGCAGGCCAACUUCGUCGUCACCCCUCCGAGCUGCUCUCCCGCCUGGAUCGUGGGGAGGAAGCCUGGGUCCCAGAGCUCCAGAGCUCCGAUGAAAGUGCCGAUGAAGGCCCAGUUAAGCCGACCCUGAAGCAGUUACCAGUUGGAGGGGCCUGGUGGGAUCGAUACCGGAGUCCUGUGAUGUACCCCAGUUCAGAUUCUGCAAACUCAGGUGAUGAGCAGGAAAGUGAAGAAGAAAAGCCUCAUCGUGGAGGUUAUCGACCGACAAUCCUUCGCCGAAACUUAUUUAACAGUUCUAAGGGGAGUGGAUUGCAGAGUCUGAAGCCCAGAGAGGCCUAUAAGAACGGGUCCCAGCUGAAGAAGCCUUCACGAAGCCAGUUAGGAAAGACGAAGGCAGAAAUAGGCAAAGCCAACGAGAACACGACUGCAGGAAGUGAAUAUCAAGUCUCAUGCCCUGAUUGUGGACAGAUCUUCAAGUCUAAAUUAUCCCUCGCCAAUCAUCAGAGGAUACACUCUAAAAUGAAGGCCUAUAAAUGCCCUUACUGCAGAGAAAGGUUUAGCUCCAAAAAACUCCUUGAUCGUCACCAGAGGGGUCACGCAGCAGAAGCUGGCAAAUCUUACUCCAGCACUGUGAAGCAUCAAAACGCGAAGCUCUUUGAAUGCUCAGCCUGCAAGAAGUGUUUUAAGUUCAAGGAGCACCUCCUCUUACAUCAGAAGAGCCACACAACCCAGCAGCCCCAUGAGUGUCCUGAACGUAGGAAAACCUUUGCUUGGAAGGAACUCCUUGUCAAACAUCAAAACAGCCACACAACGCCCAAAAACAACAGACUGAAGGCUAAGAAAGAAGAAAAGAUAGAAAGCUUGCCUGAAACUGCGAAAAAGAAAGACCGCAAAGCCCCUGUCUCCAAGGGGACUAGACCACUGAACAUUGGCCUCACUAGACAACAGCAAGACCAAGUGAAUCUCCAUAAAUGUCAGUUUUGUGGGAAAUGUCUAAGAUUCAAAAGUUUGCUGGUGGACCACGAGAGAAUGCACAGGGAAGCAAGGCCAUAUAAAUGUUCCCAGUGUGGUAAAAGCUUCCUUCGCAAGCCUGCUUUGAGGUCACACAUGAUGACCCAUGUGCGGCAGGCCACCAGCAGACAUCCAAAGAAAGUUAAGAGCUUGGCUGUGAAGAGUGCCUUGGCUGAUCCAGGGAUCUUUCCUACAAGAGGGAAUUCUUCUAAAUGCCCAGUUUCCAGGAAAAUCAUCACUCGCAGCUUCUCCCGCACUCAGUGCCCAAGAAACCAGACACCGAGGACGCCCUGCCUAUGCCAAUAUUGUGGGAAAUCAUUGAGUACAAGCAGCAUACUGGCUGAACAUGAGAAACUCCAUACAGGUGAGAGGCCCUAUGGAUGCCACAAGUGUGCAGAAAGUUUCAUUCGAAAGCACCACCUUAUCCGACACCAGGAGGGUCACCAAACAGGAAAACUCAUUAAACACAACAAGAGUUUGAGGAUGAAAAGCCACCACACUUUACCGGAAAGAACCCACCAUGGACAGGAGGCUUGUGAAGGUCUUCUCCAUGCAAGUGCUGUUACUCGCACCUCAUGCCUUGCCAAACACCCCAAAAUCCCCACCCAGGAGAAUUAUGUGUGUCUGUAUUGUGGAAAAUGCACGAGGACAAAAAGCUCAUUUGUCAAUCAUGGGAAAAUCCAUAGGAAAAAGCAACAGCCACAUCCCCACCCGGAAUGUAGGGAAAACGUCUCCCAAGGGAAACAUCUGGCUUCCCACCAAGAAACUCCUGUGGGGGGAAAACUCUCUCUGUGCUCAGGCUCUGAGAACAAAAUGAUCACAAAAGAUGCCCCCUUGUCCCUCAAGCACAGGGUUCCCCACAGAAGAAAACUGCCCUACCUCUGCCAAAAAUGUGGGAAAGCCUUUGAUGAUAACUACUCCUUCACAAGGCAUCAAAGGAUCCAUUCUGGGCAAAAGCCAUUUAAAUGUGCUGCGUGUGGAAAAGCCUUCAUUCAGAUGUGGCAUUUGAAGAGACACGAGAGAAUCCACCUGAAAGAAAAAUUCCCCAAACAGCCCGUGGUCAUGGAGGCCAACCAUGAAAACAGCCACAUUGGCCAAAGGCUCUUCAAAUGUGCUGGGUGUGGAAAGGGUUUCUUUCAGCUGUGGCACCUGAAAAGACACAGGAUCAUUCACCUGAAUGAGGAAUACCGUAAACAGUCCACAGGCAUGGAGGUAGACCCUGCCUUCUCCUCCAGUGGCACGGCUUCUGAGGAGAAGGGCCAGGGGGGUCCUCUUAGGAAAGCACUGCUGCAGACACCAUCUCAUACAGCUGAAGUUACCGCUUUGCAACAUACCCAGGAAGUCAGAAGAGAUCCGCUGAUGGUAUUAGAGGAAAAAUCAGAGGCAGGAGCUCCAGAGGGUUCUGAGCAGAAAGAAAAGCCUAUUAUGAUGCAAGUACAAUUAUCCAGAAAAUUCAAAGAAAACACUUUGCUGGGCUAUGGGGAAGUCAGGCAGGCAGUGCAGUUAGAGGGGAAACGAAGAAGGAAGGACAUAUUCUCUAUCCAUCAGCCAAGGAACUGUUCCAAAAAUGUCAAUUCCCAGAGUCCUAAGGAGAAAAAACAAGCUGGCUGGCAACUGAGGCCACGGGCUUCCUCCAGAAGAACAUCUAAGAGAGAGAUGCAGGCCACUGGGAAAAGGGCCAAACGCUGCUUCUGUCAACAAGAAGAAGGAGAAAUGGUCCCCAGAAAGAAAUCCAAACCCUCCAGGAAAGGAAAAUAUUGUGCUGGUCCGCAAAGCAACCCCUGUGCGAGUGUUUCCUCCAGUUUGUUUCGAGGUGCAUCAAAGAACCAAAAGCCAAAGGCUCUUUGCCUUGAACUGCCCCGCCAGAAAUCAUUUUCCAGAGAAGCCCAAAUGAAAGUUCCUGAAAGCGUUGUGCGAGGGAAUGCAGCCUUUGUGGCACAGGAAAGGGGCUCAGCUGGAGCCAACUCUACCUCCCAGAGUUGUGAGAAAGAAAAAUGCAAGCCAUCCAACGUCAGGGAUCCAGCAGAGGCCUGGUCUAGGCCACAGGUGCCUGAAAGCAAGACCCAGCAGCACUGCGACCGAUUCUGCACACUAAAUGAGUGCCCAAAUGCCACUGCCCAAAAUUUGGGGGCAGCAUCUUUGGCUCAGCAGCUGGAAGAGAUACUAAAGCCACUAGGGGUACAGGAGAGCGUGAAGGAUAGAAGCUGUGUCAAACUGCAAAGAGCCGUACCGAGGGAGCUCCAGCGCACACCUUCUAAGGCGAAAACCGUCGCUGAUCAGCAGCGGUUGGAAACCACACAGACUGAACACGUGUGCGCUCAGUGCAAGAAAUCCUUCCGGAGUCGAACCACUCUUUUGAUUCAUGAGAAGAACCACACUGGGAACAGACCUUUCCCAUGUACCCAGUGCGAGAAAGGUUUCUUUGCUCUGCCAGCCCUUAAUGUCCACAUGCGAAUCCACACGGGGGAGAAGCCUUUCAAAUGCCCUGAAUGUGACUUUCGCUGCAACGUGCUGGGUAAUCUCAACAGGCAUAAGAGAAUCCACAGCCGAGAAAGGCUCCAUGCUUGCGUGCGUUGUGGGAAAAGCUUCUGGUUGAACCAUAAGCUUACGACCUCUUUGAAAUUCAGUGGCAAGAAGAAGGCUUAUGCCUGCCCUAGUUGCGAGCGAGCCUCUGGGCACGUGAAUCUUCUGAAGCUGAAUCGGAAGUUCUGA